UCUGAAAGAGAGACGUUUUUGGAGGAUCUGUGAAACAGACAUUUUUUAUCUUCUACAGGAGAAAAACACAACUCGCAAUAUGUGUAUGGAAAAGUGUUCACUGCUUUUGUACCCAUUAGUGCUCAUCUCCGUAAUCUGUAAUAUAAUACUGUUUUUUCCCUGUUGGGAUGUUAAAUACGUGCAAAAUGGACAAAUUACAUGGGAGGUAUAUCUCAUGGGAGGACUGCUUGGAGGAGGUGUACUGGUAUUGCUCCCUGCAGUUCAUUUUCACCGGACUGGAAACGAAGGGUGCUGUGCUAAGCCCUUUGGGAUGUUUCUGGCAGCAGUGGGUGUUGUUGGUGCCCUCUAUAGUUUCUUAGUGGCACUCUUGGGCCUAUUUCAUGGGCUCUACUGUGGAUAUGAAAUUGACUGGACAACUUACCUUAAAAAACAGGGUGAAGUUUACCUUAAACAUAGUCAUAUAUGGAAAGACUGCACUGGGGCUGAUUCAAAGAUCGUGAUGAAGUUUAAUGUGGUUCUGUUCUCAGUGCUGUUGGUGGCCAACAGUCUGCAAAUCAUCCUUUGUGCUAAGCAGUUCAAGGGCCUUUUGGGAUGCCUUUGGAAAAUCAUCACCACUGCUUUCAAGUGUUCGAGAUAUGUCAAAGCUUCUCAGGGGGUCCCCUAGCUAAGCCCCACCCCCCUCAUUAUAGGGUCGCUGUAAUUUGAAAAAGUAAGAUGUAAUCCUGGAUCAACAAUCAUCUUAUCCUGGUUUUCAUCAAAGAAACCCCAAAUUACCCUUAACUUAAACCCUAAAUGUUUUUACCCCUAAAAUUAGUGUGAAACCCUGGCAAGGCCAAAAAGUUUCAACAGAAGAGGGGUGAAAUAGGGUGGACCUCAAUGCCUACUCUCAAAUUACACAUUUUUACUUUAAAGGAUUGGUUAAAUGGAUUACAUUGCGUUUUUUAAAUCAUAGAUCGAAUAAUUUUCAUAUCAGCAAACUGGGGCUGGGGAAAUAAAAUUAAGAAAUGAUGAGCAAAUAAAAUAGAAAAGAACAAAGUUACAAAUAAAGUAAGAUCUAACAGUAUUUAGUUACAUAAAUAGAAUCAAAUAAACAUUAACACUGUCUUCUUUAUUGUAUAAAUUAAAUAUAAUCAAUCUUUUUAAAGAUAAGUGAUUUUCCUUUUUUUUCUGUUGUUUAAUUAAUAUAAAUGACAGAAACAUAAGCAGAUAAGAACUGCUACUUUCAGACCAACACAACGAUCUGACUUCUUUCUGAACUGCUUGCACUCACUUUAAGACAUAACUGAAUGUUUUUAUGAGAAUAAGUGCCAACUGUGGUAUUUCGCGAUAAUUUUGUGUUUGCAUGCCCGCGCGUCUCCGUGCGUCCGCUUAUGAGAGUGCGUUCAUUUGAGUAUGUGUGUGUGUCAUUGUCUGUGCGCACACACAACAGCUCACUUUAACAUCUUGCGCUCAAAGUGUUUAAAAUCGCUUGCAUGUUAACAUUUGCAAGGUUUAAAAAACACAUACAAAAGUUAACUUUUUAUAAAUAGUUAUUUCUGAAUGAUGCGUAUUUGAGCGAUUAGUAUCAAAGAGACUAUAAUUUAUUAUCAUUUAUGUGUGAUUUCUUCUGCUUUCCCAUUAAAGUAUUUUAUGUUUCUUUUGACUUGGUGGACUAGCUGUCAAUUUGAGUGUGUAGCCUCGCCACUGUUAUGAAAUAAUAGUUUGAGAAGAAUAAAAACCCUAAAGACUACUAAAUAUUCUUACCGUCACUGAGGUGAAAAUAAUCCACACGACACGCAGACAGAGACAUUAACGUGUCUGUCAAUUCGUCCAGAAAACAGCAUGAGGCGCACUUGCGAGUUUAUAUUUAUUUCCGACAGAAAUCAUUUGAAUUAGCUUAUUGCGAAAUUGGAACAAAUAAUGGACAGUAGCCCGUGACAGCGCAACAUGAGAAUUUUAAAUUCAUGUAUUAUUUUAAUUUUCUCUUCCUAUGCUCCUCGGGCUUGGAAGGAAUUGCAAAAUACUCUUAAUUUAAAUGCACUUCCAACUCUAAGCACUUUUAAACGUCUUUUACAAAAGGUUUUAAUGGAUACUUGCAAUUGUUUUAACUGAUUUGUUGUAUUUGCGUUCUUGUUUUAGAUCUUUCAUUGUGUGAUUGUUGUAAAUUGUGCUGUUGUCAAUUGUAUUCUUUUUGUAUGAAACUCAAUGUGCCGUCGUCUUGACCAGGUCUCACUGGAAGAAGAGAUAGAAAUAUCUCAAUGUGAUUUUCCUGGCAAAAAAAAAGGAAAUAAUAAUUUUAAUAAAAACUAGGGGACCCCCCUAAUUUAUAUUUUUGUGCUUUAUGGGGGGUCCCUCAAGGCUUAUAGCAGGUCCGGGACCCCCCCAAACCCCCCUCAAUUCGAACACUGCACAAAGAAUCUUAUAAAAUCUUGCUUUGAGUGUGUCUGCCCUAAAAAGUAACUCAAUGUGUUUCGCUUCACGGAAUAUCCACAAGGUUCGCAUGGAACAACACACCGAAGCCUUACAAGAUUUUCUCAAAGACUCAAAAGUUUUUUGAAGAUUGUAUAAUAUGCUUAUAGAUUAUUACUUUACAUUUCAAAAAUUAGAUUUUUUAUUUUACUUCACAUUACAUCAUGAUUGUGAGAAAUCAUACACAAUAAAAUAUAAAUUAUAAAUAGUACUAGGCAAUAUUUACAGUAUUGUAUGAUAAUACAGACAUUUAAAAAUCGACACUUGAAGUUCUUGCCAGCGCAUAACUUUUCAUAACUGUUAAGAUGAUUGUGUGUGCCAGAUAUUUCUCAUGUGAGUCAUCCCCGUAAUUUCAGGAACAGUUUAUCUGUUUUGUAAUUUAACUUCUGACAAAAUAACUAACAUAUUUAAGUACAUUUAUAACGGCUAAGAGUUCGGAAAAACAUUUUGGUGCAUGUUGAACCUCAGGAUGACACCAAACAUUUUUACAACUUUUCACAAUGUUGUAUUUUUGGAAGCAAUUGGGUAAAAUUGCAGCGCAACGUAAUGUUGCAGCAAAGCUUCACGUCUAGUUUAAAGUCGCAAUGAAAUUGAAAUGAAAAACUAUAUAUAUUUUUUAUAUAUAUAUUGUGGUAUUAUUAACAAAUGACUUAUCUGUGAGCUUCAUUAUUUUUAAAAAAUUAGUGUGUGCUCAUAAUCUUUAAUCAAAAUUGCAAAUCUCCUCCCCUCCUCAAAACGAUCUCUAUUCACUUCCGGUCAUAUGGUAUGGCAGGUGGACGGGGUCCGGGAGAAGAUCGCAGCGAUUAGCAAUUAGCAACACGACCCAACUUCAAACGAUCCAAUCAGAUCUCAAUGGACAAAUUCAAAUCCAGCCCUGCCUUAUUUAAUUUCAAAAGCCGUUUCAUUCGGAUAUACGUCACCAAGGGGAAAAUAAGGCAAUCGCUACUUCCGUUUCAUGGCGACUUUAACACAUUGUGUUUAUAUUUUGGCUGCUUAAGUUUGCAAGAUUUACUAGUAAAUGUAUAUUUUAAUUGAACUGUCUUAAUGGAUUAAACAUAAACAUUUUUUUUACGUUAGUCCCAGAAUGUCCCAGGUUGGGCUUGAGGUCGUACCGACAGUUUGAGAAUCUUUUCAUUUGUUAAAUAUUCACAAAAUCCAUAUAAAAGGUGAUCAGUUAUGACUUCUGAAAUUGAAUAAAAAUGACCAAAUAAGAGGUUUCUGUCUGACAGCAAUAUUUUGUUUAAAAAAUGUAUUAUAUCAUUAUGGAUAAAUAAAUGCUUGAGGAAUAUUUAACUGUAGGCCUACUCAGUUGUUUUAUCUAUUGCUACCUGCACAUAACUUUUUGUGUCUUUAACUUUAAAGAUGAUUGUGUACUUAUAUAGAGAUGGGCAUUUUUCAGCAAUAGCACAUUAUAUUCAAAUAUUUGAGCUUAUUAAAAAAAAAAUUUGUUUAAAUAAAUGACGUUUUUAUGCAUUUGUAAUGUUGUCACAUUUUCACCAAAAGCUUAUAAUUAGGAAAUACACACAACAUGCUAAACAUAUCUUUAUAUAUAUGUUUUUAAGUUAAAAAGGUUUUAAAAAUAUGUUUGUAUUCUUAUAUAAUAAGAAUAACAAUAUACAUUUAUAUUGCGCUAAAAGCGCUGUACAUAUGGAAAGAGGAAUUCUUUUUCAACCCCCACCAAUAAAGUUAAAAAAUUAUUUUUACACCUGUGGCUGUGCUUGUGUAAACAACUAAUUUAUCUGAAUACUUUCGGAGUCAUAUUGUCAUGCAUUUGAUUUUGACAUUGGUGGGGACACAAAUAAUGUCAUUAUCAGUGGCAGUUGGUCAAUAGGGGGCACUGAGGCACUGCCCUCUUAAAGUUGGCCAGAAAGUGAAGCUAUCUUAACAUGUUACCAAAGGUUAAAUAUAUAGUGCAAAUCAAUACAAAAUAAAAUCAAACCUGA